AUGGCCACAAACAAUGCCACUGAGUACGAGGCUCUCAUACACGUUUUCCGGAUCGCUGUCACGCUCGGCAUCAAGCGCUUGCUCACCUAUGGCGACUCCAAAGUCGUCAUUCAGCAAGUGAACAAGGAUUGGGAGUGCACCCAAGUAAAGAUGUACGCCUACUGCAGGGAGAUUCAAAAACUGGAGGCCAAGUUCUACGAUCUCGAGUUCCACCACGUCCCCCAAGAAGACAAUGUGGCAGCCGGCAUCUUGUCGAAGCUUGGAUCAAAACGGGACCUCAUCCCAGCAGGAGUAUUCGUCCAAGCACUCAACAGCCCUACAGUCAAAGUCAAGGAGGAACCUCCCUCAAAGCCCGACUUGGUCCCAGCUCUAGGGCAGCAGAUUCCAACCCUUGACACCGACUGGCGGUCUCCCAUCAUCGACUUCAUCAAGAACAACAAGAACUACCCCAAAGGGAAGGAGCACGAGAAGCUCGCACGGUGCGCGAGCAACUAUGUUGUCAUCGGAUCCGAGUUGUUUUGGCACUUGGCAUCCUCUGGAACCUUGUGCAAAUGCAUCGCACAAGACGAAGGAGUCCGACUCCUCAGUGAAAUCCACUCGGGCAUCUGCGGCAACCAUGUAGGAGCCUCCACCCUCAUGGAUAAAGCCUUCCGGUCAGGAUUUUACUGGUCUUCGGCCCUGGCCGAUGCCCGGAACCUCGUUAGACGAUGCCCUGGGUACCAGUUCUUCUCCAAACAGCAACACAUCCCGGCUCAGGCCCUACGGAUGAUACCACCCUCCUAG